AUGUUGGUGGGUCGCUAUCGACCCCACGGGCAUAUAAGAUACUUAUAUUUGGCGUUUUGCAGGUCUCGUCGAUUGCUUUCCACUACUGAAAUAGCUGAUGCCCUCGAAGCUUUGGAGGAGGUGGAAGACAUUCAAGGUAUAGAUGUUUAUAUAGAUCCACCAUGUAACGGUGAAAUUUCGGAUGGUGACUCGAGGGAAGAAGACUGUUGCGAUUUUGAGAGAUUGAAUCGGCACCAGCUUCUCGCGAGUGCUGAGCUAGUAAUUCACACGUCGAAAGAUGACCAGCAUGUUGAAAUCGAGACUAUUGAACCCGAAAUCUCUUCUCCUACUCUUGGUACGACUACCGUAAAAGAUUUUCGACGCUCUGUUACUCAAGGCUUGAUGACAAUGAAAGAUGUUAGUCAGAAAAGAAAGACUUCUACAACUAAUACUUCGGAAGGUGGCCCUUCCAAAAGACGGAAAUCUGACUACUCCACUAUAAAAGACGUUCGCUUGGGUAAUAGAGGCAUCCAUUGGCCUUCGUUUGUAGAAAACAGGGGAAGCAAUCGAGAAAAAAAUGUUGAUAUUCAGCAGCCUUAUGUAGUUCAACAGUAUAAUCGUUUUAUGGGUGGAGUCGAUAGACUAGAUGCCAAUGUUGGGACAUACAGAAUUGCAAUUAGAGGUAAAAAAUGGUAUUCUAGCAUUAUAAUGUGGAUGAUUGAUGUAACCGUCAAUAAUUCUACUUUGCUCGCUAGAUCAAUGGGUGCUGAAGUUGACACUUUGGAGUUCAGACGUUCGAUUAGCGCUCCUUGUUACAGAAGUAUGGAGCGCCAAGACUUCACCCAGGACCAACGACACUGCCUGUUUUUCACAGCAAUUCCUAUGUCUGUUCGGAAGCACGGUGCAGAUCACUUGAUCAUAACAGGUCAAGCACGAAAAUGUUGUGCUGUUUGUAAAAAAGAAAACCACCAAAAUAUGUAA